AUGACGACCCAAGAACAUCUGGUCGAUUGGAACGCGGACAGCUAUUGGAAGACGCGUCGAAUCUCUCCGCCUCAAAUUCUGAUCAAUGAUGUCCGCACGGAACCUUCAAAUCAGGGAGGAAGUCAUAAUAUGCAGGAGAUGCUGGAAAUCAACGAGGUGCUUCCUUCCACCCUGAUUCCGGCCUUACAAAAGCGAGACCAGCUAUCGGAGACAUUGGACGUUGAAUCUCUUACCCCUUAUGCUCAAGAGCGACAGCUGCUCUCGAGGCUUUCACAUGAAUAUGGGUGGAUGAACUGCUUGCGUAGCCAAGGUGUUCAAGAAUCUGUCGAUGAUCCAGAGCACUUGCGAAAGCUUCGUUGGAUCCAUAUUUCGAGCAAGUAUACUGAGUACUUGCAUGGCUGUCUCCUAGCCCUGAGCGACUGGACAGGUGAUCAAUCAAAGCCGUUGCAAUGCCUUCGUCAACUUGAGGUAUGCAUCCAGCAAAAUGAGCGCUUCUCGAAACAUGGGCGGUACUUCGCCCCCUUCUACCAGCCAUUAAACGAGAACUUGAAAGAGGAUGCGACUUCAACUGCGGAGUCAGGGCCAAUGUUGAUUAGCGUACCUUUCCUAGACUGGGGAGUCACGGGAGAAUCACCUGCUCUGCGAUUCCAGAUCGAUCCAAGAGAAGGGUAUCAGUCCAGUCGUGGAUCAUCACAUCUUAUUCGCUCCAUCCUGCAGCAUUUCUAUCGCUUAGAGGACACAAGCGACCGGGAACAUCAUCAGGUAUUUUCCAAGCACAAGCCAUGGAUUAAGAACCGCAACCUAGACCUCCGAAUCCGUCGGUGGUACGGGAAUUACCCCACAACUUUGAACGUGGAUGAGCUUUGGAUCCUCGUGAUCGAUUCACGUCAUGUUGUCACCUUUUCAACGAACCAGACGUGGAAAUCGAGAUGGCCUCCCAUGCAGCUGACUUCCCGAAUUGUUGAAAUCUCGUUUCGUGGGAUCCGUAACAAGUUCUUUACCUCCACCCAACGACAGGAAUACGAUGCCUUCACCCAUGUCGUGGUCACUCUUGGUGCCGCUGUAGGUCUGCUUCAUAGGAGUUUUUGGACCGACUUGGUUUUAUGUCUUUCUGACAGAUAUGCGGGAUACCUUGAGCAACUGCAAUACCGACUCCACCGUGCCCCAAGUACAAAGCUGGUCAUGGACCUCCUCCACGUUCAGGAAGAGUUGAACAUCAUUAUCAAUAUAAUGCAAAAGCAAAUCGAUCUCAUCACCGCGAUACAAUCG